AGCCCUGGUCCCGACGCGCAAAGAUCGUUUGAUUUUGUUUUUGGGAAAUUGGAAAUUAAAUUCAAAGCGGAUUGCGCCCAACCUAACUGUUCAUGGAAAAAUGGCAGAUCAUCAGUACAAACUGUUCCGAGCGGUCGACCCAAGCACGGUAAAAGUGCCGUUUAAGGAGAAAUUCGCGAAUCUGACGCUAUCUUCUAAAAAACAACAGGCACCCAAAACAGAGAAACAGAAGCCACCAGGAUCGAUGCCGGCCGCAAAAGAACAUUUUGGAAGCUGCGAGCCCCGAGAGCAAGAGGAUCUCGAUGGCUCAGAGUACAUGGAUGCCCUGCAGCUGAGCGGGGACGAUAACCAGGAGGUGGAGCAUCUCUCCUCGAGGAUCAGCAACUUGACAAUGCAGCCAAAGGAGCAGGCGACGAAGCAGCCAGAAGUCUCCAUCUGCAUCUCCUCCACGACGGAGGAGGGCGAAGACACAGACGAUAAUGAAUCCUGCAUCACCAUAUCCAGUGACUCGAGCCAGGAUGACCAGGAGCACGAGAAGGCUGCUCCCGACAGUAUGGCUGUCAGCGAUCGGCUUGCCGAGCUAGACGCCGACCAGGAGCCUAUUCCGGCCCCCGUACUAACUACAAGUAAGGUCCAACGCAUCGAGGCUUUCCUGCGUGAUGUUUCCUUCGAAAGAAGGGAAAUGGAGCGGAACGGGGUAAAGACACCUUCGCCCUUCCCCUCCACCAAAAGGGAAAAAUCGCGGCUGGCCAGUGCCGACACUGAGUCCAUGCCCACCGACGAGGACUGGUUGCCAGCUAAAACCAGGCCGAUAGACAGCAGCAAGCGGCUGGCGGACAACGAGACCGAGGUGGACACCAUUUGCUCCGCUGCGGACGAGAAUCGGAUGGAUAGCAGCAAACGGCUGGCAGAUGACGAAACGGAGGCGAAUACUCUCGGCUCCGAGGAUCUCAGAGACAGCAGCAAGCGACUGGCUGACAAUGACACAGAGUUGAACACCAUUUGCUCGGACAACUCUACGCUCCACGAUGACGAGCCCAUUCCAGACGAGUCUAUUGAGAUUCCGGAGACUGCCAGCGAGUCUGAGGCUUCGCCGCAAAAACCCAGUGCCUCCAAUUCCAACAACACAUCCAGUGCAGAGGAGGAGGGACAGCCGGUCUCCUUCCAAGUCAGCAGCAUUAACAUAUCCGCUAAAAUCAAUAUCAAAAUCAGUAUUCCGACGAUGGAGUCUAGUUCAGCAGAAGAAGAGGAGGAAGAGAAGGAGGAGGACCUUCCCCCACCAAGAGCCACCAAAUCCAUCCAGAGUUCCGAGGAGAUUAUCGCGGAAAAGCAACUGCAGGAGAGGGAGAAUCAGGACCAUCACAAGUCAAUGCUCUCUACCGGGGAUGCCUCCGAGGAUGAGCAAUUCCUCACUCACGCCGAAAAACUUCUGAAUCAGUUGUACGGAAAAUCGUGGCAGACGCCUGAUGUGAUUCGCACUUUGAAGCGCUCCAGUGGCAGUGGCGGCAAGACGGCCCCGUUGAAGCCGAGAAACCUCAAUCCGCCAGCAGCACCGGUCACCACAGCCAAAAAGAAGAGGCCCCCACCUCCCAAACCAGAUGAAAGUGUCCUGGGCGACUUUAGCAUUUUUAAGAGGGCUCUUCGUGCCAAUGAGACACCCCUGAACUCCACACGCUUGCCGCCUGUACGGGCUGUUCAAACGGAGCGGCGUCCUCAACGGAAGGCAGCGACUCGUCCACGCACCAAUCAUAUCGACGAGGACCGUUGGCGUGCUCUGGUUGAUUCCGAAAGUGGGACAGACGCCUCCGAUGACGAGGACGCGGACGCAACAGUAAGCGGAAACAGCAGCGACAGUAGUGAUGGCGAGGAAAAAGCUGGGGACGUCACCUAUUUGGACUUGACCAAGGCCGAGGUGGAGGUGAUCAGCAAUCCCGACGAGGAUGAGCAGUCACCGAAGUUUCACCGCCGACUGGAUGACAUUCUACGCUCGUGCCGUGCAGGCUCAAAGUCUAAGAUACCUGCAACACCGCCACCGCAACCGGCCACCACCAGGCGACAGUUGUUUACGCCAAAUACGGGCUUUGAGGACGACAAAGAAGCUAGGGAAAUCGUGGACAGAGCGGUGGAUCUUGACAUGCUGGAAGAACUGGAGAAAGAGCACUUGCCAGGCACGCCCGUCCACAAGCGUCUGCAGGAGGUCAAGAAGAAGCUGGGCAUAGCCCAGGAAACGCCAAAGUCUACUCCCAUUUUUAAGCUGCAUACCCCGCAAACGGCUCCGCCUAAGCCCACUGCUCCGCCCAAGUCCACCGUCCGCAAGCCGAAGCAGCAGCCCAAGCCAGCGCCUCCAGUUACCGAGAGCAGAAAGUGCAGUUUCCUGAAGUCCCUCGAAGGGCAAGUGAGCCGCGAACGCGCGGACAACGAGGCCUAUUUCUACAGGGAGAACUUUGCCAAGAACAAGGACCAGCUGGCCCUGCAUCUGUACAAAAUGUUCAAUGCUCAGGUGUUCAACAACGAACUGGAUGUGCCCAUAACGUGGUCCAAGCUGUUGCGGAACACGGCCGGACGGUGCAUGAAUAAGAGAAAGCUUAACCUACGCAGCAGCUCAAUAGAGCUCAGUGUCAAGGUCCUGACCACAGCCGAUCGCCUGCGCUGCACUCUUAUCCACGAGCUGUGCCACGCCGCCGCCUGGGUGUUCAACGGCGAAGGUGGUCACGGACGCGUGUGGAAGAUGUGGGCCCGUCGCGCCAUGGACAAGUUUCCCGAUCUGCCAGAAAUCAAGGUGUGCCACAGCUACAACAUCGAGUUCAAGUACACCUACAAGUGUAUGAGCUGCAAUACAUCCUCACAUGCUCACUCCCGCUCCAGGAAGGUGGAGAACCUACGGUGCCGGCUUUGCCGUGGGCCAAUCACAUUAUUUCUCAACAAAAAGGACAAGCAGGGGAAUACAAUAUCCACGCCAGCCGGUGAGGCCAAGGGCUUUGCAAAAUUCGUCAAGGACAAUUUCAACAAAUUCAAAAGGGACGAACUCACCGCAGCCGAGGUGAUGCGCCUGCUCAGCGUAGAGUAUGCCAAGCAAAAGGAUACGAAAACCACAGGGGAGACAGCGGCGUCGAUCGCCGGACGAGUGGAAGUGCUGACAUUGGACGACUAGAUAUAUGAAAUCACAUACAUACAUAUGUUUAUAUAUUUCUAAAAUGUAUUUUUUUUUGUUUAAGAGAAUAACAAGAAACGGGGUUUCUAUUUAUUUUGUAACCGUAUUUUACCUAAAGUGAUUCUACCUAGCGAUACAAUCAAAAAGCGUACAAAACCACUCUGUAAUCACAUAAGUUAGGCUACGAUCUAUAAAAGUUGUAUGGUGAUACUCUUGAAA